UAUGUGGAUGUGAAUGUAUGUGACCAGUGGGAUACCACCCCCUUGCGAGUGUCAGCUGGGUGGGUGUUCAGGGUAGAUGAAGCUGCUGCUUCAGUCCUGACAGAUGCCUCCUGGUACUCGUUCCUUCUCCACCUCAGGUGGAGCGUGUUUUUCAUGGUGCACAGGAAGCCCUCCCAGGCCCAUCACUGCAUCAUGGGUGCAUGCAGUGCCUACUUCACCAACAUACUGGACACCAAAUGGAAGGGCAAGAGCAUCAUGGACCUCAGGCACCCACUGAUCAACCCUGUGGUUGGGGCCCUGCUGCAGUACCUAUACACAGGCCACCUGGAUGUCCGUGUAGAACAUAUUGACUAUGAGCGCUUGGCCAAGCAGUGCCAACUAUUGGACAAUGACCUGGAGGCCAAGUGCAAGUUGCUUCUGAGUGGGGGCUUCAGAUUUCUCUGUCACAAGGUGAUGUCCAACCCCCUCCCUUCAUUAAGCCCUGGGCCAGCUCCUCUGGGCACAGCCCUGGCCCUUGCCUUCCCUAAGCCUAGCCUCCCCCAAGCCUUCUUUUCUGGCCAUAGUGACUACUUCCAAGCCCUGUUGCAUGACCAUUUUGGAGAAAAUGAGGGGCUGAAGGCCAUUGGUGACCUUCCGGCCAUCACCCUAAUCUGGCCCUGCAUCUUCACCCAUGUGUUCUAUCUACUACACAUAUAUGUAGUCCAGCUCUCUGGGCCUGCUACCCAAGAUCCAACUUGGCCCAUCCUGACCCCAGGAAGCUUUGCCACCCAGAGGGUCUUGGUGACCUCGAGGUGCACCCUCCACCACCCUCAUUUCACCACAGCUUCCCCCGCCCCACUGCAAAAUGUGGCUUAUAAUGUGCUGAGGAUGGCUAACAUAUAGCUGUUGCUGGGUCUGAAACUGUGUGACUGCAAUCUGGCCCAGCUGCUGGAUGAGGACACCAUGGUUGGCAUGUGUAGGGUGUGUCCUGUGGCCAAGCUAUUCUGCCUCAUAGGCCUUGAGGACCAAUGCAAUGAGUACAUGGCCAAGGUUAUCAAGAAGCUGUUGGAGGGGGAGGAGUUUUCAAAGGCUGUGAAGGAGGAUGUGGUGGCUCUGGUGGGGCAGAAGCUGGGAUCCAUCCUGCUGAUAGAUGAUAUCUGCUUCUACAUGGCCAGCAUUGUGUAGAUCUACAGCAACAUCGAGGUGAUGCAGCAGCAGCUACAUGCUCUUGAGGACCUGUUGGUGUCUAAUGGCCUCGACUGCUGACUGUCACUGAGUUAGGGGCUCCCUGUGGACUACACAUGUGUUCUGGUCAACCAUGUGCUCCCUAGUGUGCUUGAGGACCCCAGGGAGGGUCACCUAGAUAUAAGCUUCCUCCCCCAGUUCACAAACCAGCCCCCAAUGCCCUGGGGUUGGCAUCACUCAGGGAAACUUGGAGUGGGAUUUCUUAGCCUUCCUACCCCAGGACCCUCUCCCCACUCCAGUCUGGCUCUCCCUGGCUACUUGUUUCCUA